GAAAGAGAAAGUAAAGGAGAAGGAGAAUUAGAGACUAACUGCUUAUGUAUUGGUGUGACCACCUGUGACAGUGUGUGCACAUGUAUGUGUGUGAGUGAAGUUUUUUUAAUCGAGGGAGAGUAAACAAGUUUCGUAUUGGUUUUUUUGACAGUUCUUGUAUUGUACAAACAUACAUAUGCACACACACACACACACACGCCUUCUCUCAUUCUCUCUUACACUCUUCUAUACACACACACACACACACACACUCUUCUGAACUUAAACUUUCAGAUUUUCACACACACAAACACGAACACGUUUCUGGUCUAAACUUUCCUUGUGGAGAGAGAAAGCAAGAAGAUAUUGACUGGAGCAGUAAGAAAGAGGGAGAAAAAGGAAAGAGAGAAGGAAAACAAGAAGACAUUAACUGGGAUAGUGAGAAAGAAAGAGAGAAAGGUUGACAGAGAGAGAGAGACAGAGGAAGAGGGUGAUAUAGACAGACGAAGUCCAGAGCAAGAGUCAACAAAGGAAUAUCACAACUAACAUUGUUACUGCUAAUAAUAAUUCACAACAAUAACAUAGCCUAUGCAUUGUUGUUAGUGGUGAAUAGUUUCCUAGUGUGUUUCUCCAACGGACAGUCAUGUCGAUAGAGGACGAUAAAAAUGGUCAAGUGGAGAGAAGAUUUCAGAAUUUAUCCCAUAUAUUCCAGCCUAUCCAGGAGAGGAGUAAAUGUUUCCGAUGUGAUAAUAUUGUCUACCAAUACGAGAGAGCUGGCCCUGUUCAUGAUGUUAUUUUUCAUAAACAAUGUUUCAGAUGCUUUACAUGUGGUCAUCAUUUAACCCCCAAAAACUGUUGGUCAAACCAGUUUGAUCCUGAAGACAGAGAAAUCUAUUGCAUUUCUCACUAUCCUAGAGUUGGAGCAGCCCAUGUCACCAAAGAGGCUGUUGGUAUAAGGCAAGCCAUCGCUGCUCAGAAUGACAUCAAAGUUCACACUGGAACCUCUGAUCAGGUUCGUCUACCUAAGAAUACAGAUGCCCCUCUUCUGGACAACGAAGCUGUACACAUCAAGCAUGCUCUCAGCAAGACAAAGUCAAAACAGAGGGAUGCUGACAGACAUAAAGCCAAUAUUGAUGGCAGUGCCCUUCACAUUAAAGGGGCUGUUGAAGCCCAACAGCUUCAAAGACGAUACAAUAGAAAGAUGGAUAAACAUCAUUACCCACCAUAUAUUAUCCGCAAACGAGAAGAAUUAUUUGAUCUUCAAAAGAAAUUGGAACAACAACUACAGAAAGAAGAAGAUGAACUCCUGAAAUCAUUCCAAGAACAAGGAAAACAGGAACAUGAGAAACUGUCUCAACAAAUCGAGGAGGAAUGGGAAACUAAGCUGCAUGAAUUGACCAAAAAAUACACUUCUAAAAGCAAGAACAAAAUAGAAGAUGGUGAAAUAAAGGCAAUGACUAUUCAGUUUGAAAACCAGAAGAAAAAUCUGGCAAAAACAAUGACUUUAAAACGAGAGAGGAAGAAGCAGAAUUUGACAAUACGACUACGAGAGAUUGCACAGGAGCAAACAUCUACAAUGGUGAAGAGGCAGAGUGCUCAAAUGUUGAAACUUUUCUCAGAAAUGAAGAAUGAGCUGUGUACAGAACUUAAAAAUGAGUUGCUCGAGGAGAAAACAGAGAAAUCAAAUGCUUCAGAUGCUGAUAUUUCUAACAUGGAAUUAGACAAGGAAGAUUCAGAAAGAAUUGACCAAGUAGUUAAUGAAUUUGUCAAGCUUCCUGUUUCUUCUGAACCUCCAUCACCUCAUCCUCCAAGUUGUCGGAAGAGUGAAAUUUACACCGAUCCCUCUGUCUUUAAGGAUAUUGAUGAUCAUGUCAUUAAGAUAUCUGAAACUAACCAGGGUACCUACACUGACCUCAUCAGGUUGCUUACGGAACAUCUUCAAUCUGAAUUGGAGAAAGCAAGAGCAAUCUACCGAUGGAUAACAGUUAUGGACCUGAAUGUGAUGCAGUUUGAUGAUAUUGUAGACAAUGACACACCACUAGGAAUUCUGAGAGGAAUUAAAUAUGGCACUGAAACCUACCAUGUACUUUUUAUGAGAUUGUGCAGUUAUGCUGGGCUGCAGUGUGUUGAAAUCAAGGGCCAUUCCAAAAGUGUUGGCUAUGAGCCAGGUAUGAAGAUCCUUCCAGAAAACUUCCAAAAUACAUGGAAUGCUAUUUACAUUGAUGGAGACUGGCGAUUGGUUCAGUGUAACUGGGGUGCGAGACACCUGGUUUUAAAUAAGGAUAAAAUGCAAGAAAAGAAUAACCGGGACCACAUCAGAUACCAGUAUGAUGAACACUACUUUCUGACAGAUCCAGAUGAAUUCAUUCAAGAAUUUUACCCCUAUGACCAGGAAUGGCAACUGCUACAAAAACCAAUAUCACUGGAAAAUUUUGAAGCUAUGCCUUUUGUUCGUUCCAUUUUUUUCCACCAUCACAUGAAGUUUGAGAAAGCUUAUAAAUCAGUGCUGUACACAAACAACAAAGGGGGAACUGAUUUAAAGAUACGGGUGCCAGAAGACCUUGAAGAUUCACUGUUGUUCUUCUACCAACUUCGUUCUGCUGAUAAAGAAAAUCAAAAUACUUUGCAUAAAAAUAUUAAUUUUCAAGACUAUGUAUUCCAGACAAUGCAUGACAAUGUUGCCAUCUUCAACAUCCAUGUUCCAACAACAGGUGCCUAUUAUAUCGAGAUCUUUGCCAAUAAAAUUGAAGAUAAUAAAAAGUUUCCAAACCAUUUCUCUGUCAGCUCACCAGUUCGGUUGAAAUGCACUUGUAAAUUCAAGAUUGUUUGCAAAGAAAUAAAUGGUAAAAUGCUUCCGCUCCCACAGUGUGCUUCUGGUGAAUGGGGGCCUAAAAAAGCAAUGCGUCACUUUGGUAUUAAACAGAUUUAUCCUGAAAAUAUGGAUUUCACAGAUAAAGAAAAUCUAAAAGGUGGCCUCUUGAAUGUUUAUGAUUGUGCAGAGCUGUUGUUUGAAGUGCCCUAUCCACUGAAACCAGUGGUAAAACUAAGAAUGAAUCGUGUUGCUGACAGUUUUCUUGAAAAAUAUGUAUCUGUUGACACAAAGGGCACAAAAAUGGUUGUGUCAUUUACAUUACCAAAUUCUGGUCAAUAUGGUCUCGAUAUAUUUACACAUACAACUGCCACCACUGAUGGUAGUCAAGUGGCUCAUAUAUGCAAGUACUUGAUAAACUGCUCAGGUGUUGAAAUUCCCGUGACAAUUUCAUACAUCGCAAGGUCAGAUAUUGAAUCAACAACUGCUAUUCCUAAAGAGAAAUCAUGGGGACCAACAGAUAACUUCAGUAACUUUCAAAUACAGACUGUAAGCCAUCCUGAACCUCACAUUAAUGUUCAGUCAAACCCACUACAAAUUAAACUUAGUUGUCUGAAAGACACAGAGUUUGCUUGCAACCUGACAAAAGAACCAAAUGUUGAAUGUCCAGAUACUGUGGUUAUCAAAAAGAAUGAUUCUUCAACUAAUGUGAAGUUGGUAGUAUCACUGCCUGAGAAAAAUACUUAUAUGUUGUCCAUAUAUGCUAAGAACAACCAGAAAGACAAUACAGGUUUUGUGAAUGUAUACAACUACAUUAUCCGCUACACUGGUGACAAUUUUGGUACCCUGAGUCAGUCAUCCACUCUCAGCAGUAAUGGUAAAUCAGAAAGAUCUCAGUUAAUGCGAUUUUUCUCCAAAAAAAACAAGUAACUUUUGGUUUCCAUUCUUUUAAUGAAACAUUGCAUUUUAUAUAUAUUAUACAUACUUACAUAUAAAUAUAUAUAUAUAAUUGUUAAAAAGGAUAACAAAUAUUAAGACAAGGCAAACAUCUCAAGUCAUAUACAUUACUAUUAUUGGAAAAAAAUUCAAAGUCUUACAGCUGUUUCUGGGAUAUUCUAUCAUUGGAGACAAAUAGGGAAACUGAGAAGGGUAUAGAUUAAUGAAUUGACAACAUAGAGGAUAGGAGAGAAUGUAUAUGACUUGAGAUGUUUGCCUUGCCUUAACAUUUGUUGUCUUUAACAAUUAUAUAUCCGCUAUAUUGGAAAUCUACAAUGGCUCCAUAACUACAGUCUCAGCCCUAAUAAUCCAUAACUGCCUUAGAGCCCUAGUUAUCCAUUACAGCACUUACCUAGCGUAUCUAGUCAUUUAGAUCACCUGUGAACUAGACCCCCAUAUUUUGUAUUUUGUAAAUAUAUAUAUGUGAAUACAUGAAUUCAUACAUGUGUGUAUAUGUAUAUAUAUAUAUAUAUGUGUAUAUAUAUAUAUAUAUAUAUAUAUAUAUAUAUAUAUAUAUAUAUAUAUAUAUAUAUAUAAUAUACACAUAUGUAUGUAUUUGUAUUUACAUACAUGUGUGUAUAUAUAGAUAUAUAUAUAUAUGUAUGUAUACUUAUGUAUGUAUAUAACAUAUAUAAACACAUAUACAUAUAUAUGUGAGACAUGCCACUGUUUACCUUUUAUUAUCAUGUUAAAUAUUAAUGUGUGUGUGUUUGUGUGUGUAUCCCAGUUAGAGAUACAAGAAUGUAUUGUAGGUUAUAAAUUUAAAAUCUUAUUUUAAGCUGAAAUUACAUAAAUUGUGACAUUGAUAAAUGAAUUGAUGUGUGUAUGUGUAUAUAUAUAUAUAUAUAUAUAUAUAUAUGCUCAGGCACAUACAUCACACACAUACACAUAUACAUUAAGUUUAUUAUUGUUGUUGUUGUACUUGUUCUUGUUAUACUUAUUAUGAGUGACUAUGUUUAGUGAAUGUGUUGAAUACAUACUUCAGUUCCUUGAAGCAGCUGGUCAGAAAUUAUGUUUCACUUGUAAAAGUAUUUAUACUCUCUUUCAGCCUAAAUUGGUAUUGAUGUAUUUAAGUUGAAGAUUUGGUUUUUCAUAUAUAUAUGUGUGGGUGUGUGUAUAUAUAUAUAUAUAUAUGUAUAUACACACACACACAUAAUAAAUAUAAGAGGCACAGGUAUGGCUUGCCCAAGCCAAUCAAAGCCUUGUGAAUGGACUUGGUAGACAGACACUGAAAGAAGCUUAUCAUAGAUAAGUGUGUGUUUGCAUAUGUUGGUGGACAUGUUUGUGUCUCCUUGUCUUGACACUGCAAGAUAAUUGUAAAUAAAUGCCACCAGCAUACAAGAGGUGUCAUUUCUUUUCAAUCUUAUGUGGAAAUAUGUCUGGCUUUGGGGAAAUAUGACUUUUCUUGGAAACAGUAAGAUUGGUGACAGAAAGGGCAUCCAGGCUCUAGAAAGUUACUCCUAUGAAUUCUCUCUGACUUAUGUGUGCAUGGAAAACUGGACAUUAAAACAACGUUGAUAAUAAUGAUGAUAUAUUCAUGCAGAUACUAUAAUGUAUAUAUGCAUACGUACGUAUGUAUAUAUCCUUCAUCUAAUCUGUGCUAGUACUUUUCACCUUCUUUCAAGCCAGAUUGCAGACAAUAUUAUCUAGAAGUAGCCUCUGUGUGUGUGUGUGUGUGUGUGUGUGUAUAAGACAAGGCAUAAAUAAUGGUCAUUACUUUCUUUUUAUUUAUUGUAGUAAAUUUGACUUACAGCUGUUUCAAGUAGUCAUUAUAGGUUCGUUAUUGAUAGGUUUACUCAAUUGGCCCAUUAAUCGGUUGAGAUCGAAUUUACUACUAUAAAAAAGAAUAUGUUAUGACCAUUAUUUAUGCCUUGUCUUGUAUAUCACUCUGUAUAAAAACCAGUAUAACUGGAGCACAAGCAUGGAUUUACAAUAUAGAACAGUGAUGAACUAUAAUCUCGGAUCCUGUCAGAAUACACAGAGUUCUUUACUGAUCUAAACAUCAUUGUUACCUUGGUGUACUAAUAGAGAGCUUAUAAAGUAUUUUGUCUGGAUUGAUAAUCCUUCACUAAUAACUCUGUUCAUCUAUAUGUAUUCAUACAUGUGUUUGUAUGUAAUCUUUCUAAUUGAAUUUAAUGUAUAUUUUAACUUGUCCAAAAUGAGGUCGUAAAGAAAAUACAUUUAAUAAAAUAUAAAACAUAA